AUGAGUCGGUAUUCCUACCAGCGCCUCGAGCCAAUCUCAGAGGAAAUCACACCCGCGGACCACCAGGUCUUCUGCCUCGGAGGAACAUCAUCCAAUCUUGAAAGACUGCACUCUAGGCUGCAACGAGCGAAGCGUUCAUCGCCAGACUCAAAGGCUCGCAUGGAAGAAUCUGCAUAUGAAAUAAGUUACCUCAGAGCAGAGCUUCAUUGGCACAAAGAGACAAAACAAAUUUUACUUCAACUACAAGAGAACAUGUACGAGAUUAUCAACUCUCUAGAUGAUGCCCUUUCACGAGCCACCGCUCGCUUGCAUGAAUCCGAGAAGCAAUACCUGGAGCUGUGGCAAACCAACAGCGGAGACGGAGACGGAGGUUAUUUCUGA